UAGUCACAUCCAUUGGGUGGUGAAGGAAAUCCCUGGUUCGUAUAUUUUUGAGUGAAUUUCCGAGUUUUCAAAAUUUGUUGUGGAUAUUCAAUGCCUUUUCCCUGAACAUUAUCAGCAUCCAUUGCCCAGUUCUCAAUUGUAUCGCCGGAGUUGAGUUCCGCGUUCACUAUCAUCGACAUAGCCAGCUCUCUACCACCUUUCCUAGCCAACGAUUAGCAAUGGCGUGCGCUGCAAUGACCUCUGCUGCUGCCACAGCCUCGUUGAUGUCGCUCGGAGCCACUGCCAAGUUGCCUAGCCACAAGGGUCUUGCACUCGCCACCCCCUUAGGCAAGAAGCAAGUCAGUGUUGCCAUCUCCAACGGAAACCGCGUUUCCAUGAGCCUUCCUGCCAAGGAGAACCACAACGUUAUGAGCCUCACUGGUUUGGCCCUGGUUGCCGCUGCCGUUGUCCCUGAGAUAGCCGAAGCCGCGCAACCCGGUGUCUCGGACUCGCUUCGUAACCUGCUCCUGAGCGUGCUCGCUGGAGGAGUGGUGAUCUCAGUGAUCGGCGUUGCCGUCGCUGGUGUCUCCACCUUCGACCCCGUCUCGAGGCGAUGAAGAAUGAGUACGAGCCAGUUGGCAUCUACAUUUAUCGCCCAUAUUAGAUAGUUUUCUUACAUGUUUUGGAAUCCUCGAUCAAGAAAUUGCUGGUUUGGUUAUUUCAAUCGUGGCAGACGUGCAAACAGACAUUCAGAUGCACCUCGUGAUUGAAUGUGCAAAUGUAUGAUAAGAUAAGCCUCGCGAUGCUAUUGUAUGAAGCUUAAGUUUUACUGA